AUGCUCCGGCUACGUGGCUGCGUCCUCACCCAGCUCCUCUCUUCUCCAGCCACCUCUCCCGUACCCCAUCUCCGCCGCCUCCUCUCCGCCGCAGCGCCCGCCAUCUCCCCAAGCAUCGGGUUCGCCGUGGAGGAGUACCUCGUCGCCACCUGCGGCCUCACCCGACCCCAGGCCCUCAAGGCCUCCGCCAAGCUCUCCCACCUCAAGUCACCCGCCAAGCCCGACGCCGUGCUCGCCUUCCUCGCCGGCCUCGGCCUCUCCGCCGCCGACGUCGCCUCCGUCGUCGCCAAGGACCCGCAGUUCCUCUGCGCCAGCGUGGAGAAGACCCUGGCCCCCGUCGUCGACGGGCUCACCGGCCUCGGCCUCUCGCGUCCUGAGAUCGCGCACCUCGUCUCGGUCGCCGGCGAGAAGUUCCGCUGCAGAGCCAUCAUCGGCAGGCUGCGCUACUACCUGGCCCUCUUCGGCUCCUCCGGGAAGCUCCUCCGGGUGCUCGACCGCAGCCCCUACAUCCUCUCCUCCAACCUCGAGAGGGUGGUCAAGCCCAACGCCGCGUUCCUGAGGGAGUGCACGAUAGGUGCUUGUGAUAUUGCCAAGCUGUGUGUCGCGCAGCCGAGGAUGCUCACCUCCAACGUGGAGCGCGUCCGGGCGAUGGCGGCGCGCGCCGAAGGCCUAGGCGUGCCCCGUGGCUCCAGGAUGUUCUGGCGCAUGCUGAAUGCCCUUGCGUUUCUCCGCGAGAAGGAUGUCGCCGCCAAAGUGGACUACUUGAAGGACACCUUCAGAUGGUCCGAUGCUGAGGUGGGCAUUGCUCUUCGUAAGGCCCCGGUGGUGCUGGCGCUGUCCAAGGGCCUGCUGCAGAGGAAGUCGGAGUUCCUGAUCUCCGAGGUGGGGUUGGAACCGGCAUACAUUGCUUAUCGCCCGACAUUGCCCACUUACAGCCUGGAGGGCCGGCUAAGGCCCCGGUACUACACUUUGAAGUUUCUCAAGGAAAAUGGAUUGCUAGAUCAUGACCGAGACUACUAUUGUGCAGUCAUGCUGCCAGAGGAGGUAUUCAUGGAGAAGUUCAUAUGUCCUCACAAGGAAGCUGCACCACAGCUCGCUGAAGACUAUGCAGCAGCUUGCAAAGGGGAAGUGCCGGCUAGAUUCAGAUUUACAUGA